UGCAGUGGCCGCGCCGUGACGGGCUCCCCGAACCCCUCCGGGCCCUUUAAAUACCGCGUGGGGCAAGGAGCCGGGCGGCGGGGAGCUGUGGGGCGGGCUUGUCUGGAGUGUGUGUGUGUUCCGUGCUCGGUGCUGGGACACCUGGAGACCCCCGGGGAGCUGUCGCUCAGUCUCCUUUCUCCUCUGCGGGCUGCGCGCUGGACUCGGACAACGAAAGAAAAAUAAAUCUUUAUUUCAGAGUGAGAGCACUACUCAGUUCUGGCUUAUGUUGGUACCGUGUAUUGAACCUGGGGCCUUGGACAUGCAAUUGAGGUGCUCUCACACAAUGCCCUUCAACGGUGAGAAGCAGUUUAUGGGUGAGGACCAGCCAAACGACUCAGACUCUUCCCAGCUUUCUGAAAGUGUGGCUUCACUCAGUGAUUGUGACUGCUCCAGGCAUAGCUUUACAAGCAACUCCUCCAGCAAAUCCAGCUCUCCUACUUCAACAAGCCCUCCAGUGGUUGUUCUAACUUAUGAUGAAGUGAUGGCUGCAGCAGGGGACUUGUUAAACUUGACUAUUGCUCACAAGAUUGCUGUGAAUGAGGACUUUGAACUGAAAAAAAAACCCAUCCCUGAGAACAGUUUGGUUGGGCAUGUGAAACGCAUUGUCCACCAGGCCUUCUGGGACCACUUGGAAUCAGAACUGAAUGCUGAGCCUCCCAAGUAUGAACAUGCCAUCAAACUGUUUGAAGAGAUCAGAGAGAUCCUUCUCUCUUUUCUGCAUAAUGGUGGCAGUUGGCUUCGAAACCAGAUCUGUGAAGUGUUGGACACAGACCUCAUUAGGCAGCAGGCUGAGCACAGUGCUGUUGACAUCGAGGGUCUGGCCAGCUAUAUCAUCAGCACGAUGGGAAAACUGUGUGCUCCCGUUCGAGACAAAGACAUCCAAGAAUUAAAGGUCACUGGUAACAUCGUGCAGGUGCUGAGACAAAUAUUUCAUGUCCUGGACCUCAUGAAUAUGGACAUGGUCAACUUUGCAAUUAAGACUAUUAGACCACUUCUUCAACACCAGUUGGUGGAUUAUGAGAGGACCAUGUUCCAGGAAAUUUUAGAAAAGACUCCAGGUGGUCUUAAGCAAACUACAAAGUGGAUAAGAGAAUCUCUGGAGGAAGAAUUACUUUCUCUUCCUGAGACUGCUUUAACUCCUGGGGCUGAAAAGACCAGCAAAGCAAACCUGAGCCCUACAUUGGUGCUAAAUAACAGUUAUUUGAAGUUACUACAGUGGGAUUAUCAGAAAAAAGUAUUUCCAGAGACACUCAUGACAGAUGAAGUGCGUCUUCAGGAACUGGCAGAAAAGCUGAAUCAAUUGAAAAUUACUGCCUGCCUGUCCCUGAUUACCAACAACAUGGUGGGUGCUAUUACAGAUAGCCAACCCGAGGUUGCAAACAGGUUGAAAAGGAUUUCAGCUGUUCUACUUGAAGGCAUGAACAAAAGGAACUUCAACUUGAAGGAAGUUCUGACUUCUAUUGGAGUUCAGACUUGUGUUGAGAUUAAUAAGAACCUGCUGGAGAGGAAUUUACCCACUUUAGGUGCUGAGGUUCAAGCUAAUCUUGUAGGUCAAUUUUCAAGUAUUGAAGAGGAAGGCAAUCCUAUCAGGUCUUUGAUUGAUAAACGAAUUCAACUGUAUUUGAAAAGCCUACUUAGUCUUCCAUCUCCUCCAAAAUGCCUUCCUCCAGUGCCAGGAGGUCUUGCUCUCAUCCAGCAGGAGUUAGAAGCACUAGGUUCUCAAUAUGCAAGCAUUGUGAAUCUUAACAAACAAGUAUAUGGACCAUUUUAUGCAAACAUACUUCGAAAGCUGCUCUUCGGUGAGGAAGCCACAGGAAAAGCUGAAGCUUCAUCUUCUGAUGAUUGAGGAGAUGACGUUGGCUAAGAGAUUGGAAACCCAGCACUUUGGUCCCCAGUCUUUGUACCGCUGGUGGCAUUAUCGCUGUGGUACAUUCUUAGUCCUGUGCGUGGUGCGGUGUUAGCCCAAUUCUGUGUGAUGAGUAGUAGUAGCAUUGCAGAAGAUACAUACAUCGUAUAGACCAUGUUUGUGCAUCAUUUUCAAGUUACAGAAAGACUUAAAGAACAAAAAGCUACUUGUGCUUAAUGACAUUACCUGUAUAAUACUUGUAAAUAUUGUCUUAAACAUUUACAGCUGGCCUAUUCAUUCAAUCCUAAAGGAAUUAUGUCUUCUCAUGUGUCACUGUCAAAUCUAAGGAGUUGAAAUUUUGGUAUCACUUCUUAAAGGGUUGAAAGUUGUGAGAAUAACAAAAGUGUUCAUUGUUCUGAAUAAAUUGUGUGAAGUAAGCAUUA